AUGAACAGCACAUAUUACGAAUUAAAAAACAGUUCGAACGGCAAUAUGCUUGAUGAUUUUUUAAGUUAUCCUAAUUUUUUAAAAUUCAUUGAUAAUAGUAAUAAUAAUGACAAUGAGAAUUUUGAAGAGUCUAGAAAAUAUAUACAUAGGGAAAUAACUAAAACACUGAAUGCAAACUCUGCAAAAAUAGGUAGAAAUUCGGAUGAAAGAAAUGUACAAGGUAGUAGUAAUAAUAAUAAGACUUUAUCAAAAAAUAUAAAAAAUCAAAAUAAGAAGGACUAUUCAUACAGUAGCAGUAAUAAGGACGAGGAUGAAACGAAAUGGAAUAAGAACCGUAACAAUUACGUAAAUUACAGCAACAGUAGUAGUAGUAAUAGUAAUACUUAUAAUAAUUCUAGUAUUUAUAAUAAUGCUAAUAAUUAUAAUAAUGCAAAUAGUUGUAACAAUGGAUAUAAUUAUAAUAGUGCAAAUAAUUUUAAUAAUGGAAGUAAUUACAACAUUAAUAAUACAAAAAGUAGCAACACGGUCAUAUCAUCUUUGCAAAAAUCUUCAGUUGUACAGAAUGAGGUAUGUGAUAAUAAACGUGAGUCAAACAGUUACAGGAAGAAGAGUGAAAUAAAUAAUGAGGAUGCGAGCAGAAUAAACGAGGCUAUUUUAUUAAAUCAAAAAGAGAAUUUAUUAAAACAUGAAUUCUUUUCUUCAGAAGAAAAUAAAAAUGCGUUGUAUGAACAAGCGGAUGAUAAAAGAAUAAAUCGAAAUUUAAUUCAUUUCAUUUUCGAAAACGAAGAGAAGUUUAACUUCUCAACGAAAAGUAAGGAAUUUCAUUCGUACGAAAUGCAAAACAGUAGUAAUAAUAUUAAUAAUAUCCACGACAAUAACAAUAGCAAUAACAUUAGCAAUAAUAUUAGCAAUAAUGAUGGUAAUAACAUUAGCAAUAACAUUAGCAAUAAUGAUAUGAAUAAUUUUAGUAAGUAUUAUAACAGCAAUUAUAGUAUUACUGAAGAACCGCAUGCGAAUGUUUUGAACUCAGGUGAAUUUAACAAUACAAAAAAGAGACCAAAUAACUUACUACCAUCAGCUAAAGUAGAAGAUAAAAAGAAAAAAAAGGAAAAAGAGAACUUAAUCUAUUUUUUUAACAAACAUAGAGUUGAAAAUAAUGAGAGCUUAGAAAGAGAUAUAAUAUACAGUGAUCCUUUAAAAAAUAGAAGUCUUCGUUAUAAUGCACUCAGAAACGCCAUGCACGCUGGUAUGAGUAACAGCAUUAAUGGAAAUAUGUUGGACGUUAAUAAGAUGUACAAAUAUGAGAACAAGAAUAAGGCACAAAUUUUUUUCCAGAAAAAAGUGAACGAAAAAAAGGAAAAUUGUAAAAUACACAGAAUCGAAAAUAACCCUAAUAAGUACAAAAAGUAUAAUAACUUGAAAGAUAAUUUUUAUUUGAAUAAUAAUAAAAAAUAUUUUUGUACAAACGUAGAUUAUAUAAAAAACAAAUCCGAGUUUUUCCUGAGAACUGACACAGAUGAAAGAAUAUACGCAAAUAAUAUGAUGUACGACGAUUAUUUUACAAUCGAAAAUUUGGAGAAAUGUGAUGAUAAGAAAGAAUAUAAUAACAGCAGUGAGAGCAGGGUCAACCGAAGUAACGGAAACGUCAAUGGCAAUGGAAACAGUAUCAGCAGUCGUAGUAACAAUGGUGGCAUGAUAAAGAAUAGCAUGCUAGGGUAUCGCUUCCGUAAAAAUAUAGAUAACAAGGAAUUCAUAUCAAAUAAAAAUAAAUAUGAAAAUUUCAUGGAAAUAAACAACAUAAAUAAAAGAAGUAUGAAUGAUGAAGAGUUCCGUGGAAAUAGUUUGAACGAUUUUUCUUUGGACGAUUUUACAAGUGAGCACAGCUGUAUGCGUAAAGACUAUUUCAACACUAACAUAAAUAAUGAUGUAAAAAUUGACUUAAAUUAUAAUGAAGAUAUUGAAAAUAAUAAUACUGUGAUGGAUGCAAAUUUAAAGGAAGUAAUUCCAGAACAUAAUAAUGCAAAGUUAUUAAACAAUACACAUUUUAUACCAUAUAAAAUUAUGUAUGAAAAUCAAAAUAAACAAGAAAAAAAAUAUAGGAAUAUUCAUAUUAAUAGUAGUAUUCAAAUAGAAGAAGAGAAGGAAUCUCUAGGCAAACAAAUGAAUAGCCUUUUGUCAGGUAAAAAUACAUACUAUCAAAAAAAAUGUGAUACAGCAAUAUGUGAGAACUAUGAAGCUAAUAACAGUAGUAGCAAUAAUGGGGAUGCAAGCGACCACUUAUACAGUAAUAGCAAUUGCAACAGAAAUAGCAGCAGCAUUAGAAAUAUGAACGGAGACCAUGGCAUCAUGAGCAAAGUGAUCAAUGCGAAUGAUAGUGGUGGCUUCACGAGAGAGUUACCAAAGUUUGAGCAUAUAGACAUAGGAGGGAGUUACGACAUAGAAGAGUCAAAAGAGAGUAACACAAAUAAGUUGAAUGACAUAAAUGAAAAGGAAAAUUUUGUAGUAAAAUUAUUUUUUGGUAAUUUGGCUCCAAUAACUACAGAAAAAGAUAUGCACACUUUAUUUAGUAAUUUUGGUGAAUGUGAUUCUUUAAUAAUAUUAAAAGACAGGAGAAGUAAAUCAAGGGGUUCAGGUUUUGUUACUUUUUAUAACAUGCAAGAAGCUAUAAAUGCUAUUAAGAGUUUAAAUAAUAAAAUAAUAUUGUCUGGUGCACAUAAGCCAUUAGAAGUUCGUUUUCCUGAGAAUAAAGAAGAAAAAAAUUUAAGAACAAAAUUAUUAAAUGCAGCUAAAUGGAAAGGGAAAAAAAUUGCCCCAAGUGGUUGUUUGGCAAUAAGUACAGAAGAUAUAUUAAAUCAAAGUACAUUAAAUAUGAACAGUUCGGGUAAUAAUAACGUUUCUCUUAUUAAUACAAAUGAUUCUUCUUAUUUUUUUUCAGAAAAUGAUAACAAUAAUAAUAAUAAUAGUACCAAUAAUAAUAUUAGUAACAAUAAUAAUAAUAGUACCAAUAAUAAUAAUAGUACCAAUAAUAAUAAUAGUACCAAUAAUAAUAAUAGUACCAAUAAUAAUAAUAGUACCAAUAAUAAUAAUAGUACCAAUAAUAAUAAUAGUACCAAUAAUAAUAAUAGUACCAAUAAUAAUAAUAGUACCAAUAAUAAUAAUAAUAAUAAUAAUAACAAUAAUGGUAAUAGUAGUAACAAUAAUAGUAAUAGUAGUAACAAUAAUAGUAAUAGUAGUAACAAUAAUAGUAAUAGUAGUAACAAUAAUAGUAAUAGUAGUAACAAUAAUAGUAAUAAUAAUAAUAUUUCUUAUGACAAAAAGGAAAUUACUACUAACUGCCAUAUUUCUAGUGUUGAUCCUUUAGGUUGUUCUAAUAUUGAUUACUAUGAUCGUUUUAGUGGAAAAAAUCAGUUCGCUUAUUAUGCAGACGAUUUUUAUGAUUUUCAAAAAUCAACUAGCCAAACGACGAAUGAUAUGUUAAAUACAGAAUAUUUCAACAAGGUAGAAGAGUAUAACAAAAUGUUUACGUACAACUCUUAUAACAAACAAGUGGAGGAAAAUAUACCGGAUCAAAUGAAUAAUACUAAUUUAAUAAUACACAGAAAAAAUUAUAAUCAUUUUUUACCAAAUUUUUUAAUUGAUAGUAAAUCUUCAAUAAACUUAGAAUCAAAUUCAUUUGAAAGCACAACAUUAAGUGCAUUGGGACAUCCUAAUAAUGAUAAUUUAGAAAGUAACAAUCUGUUAAAACAUUUUACUGCUUCUGAGCAAAAUGAGGAUAGAAGCCUCUGUGCGCUCCCUGAGAUGAAUCAUAAGCCGGUGAAUAUACAUAACGAUAAGAAUUUAGAUCAAAAUUGUAAUAGUGGUACUAGUUCUACCAGUAAUUUGAAUAUCAAUUGUAUGAGCGUAAACAGUAUGAGCGUGAAUAGUAUCAUUGCGAAUAGCAACAGUGUGAAUAGUUAUGACACGAAUAAUCAUAGCAUGAGUAAAUACGGUACGAAAAAUUAUGGUGCUAAUAAUUAUGGAUCUAAUACUUACAGUGCUAAUACGUAUGGUUCUAAUACUUGUGGUUCGAAUACUUAUGGAUCUAAUACGUAUAGUUCUAAUGCUUAUGGAUCUAAUACGUAUAGUUCUAAUGCUUAUGGUUCUAAUGCUUAUGGUUCUAAUGCGUAUGGUUCUAAUGCUUAUGGUUCUAAUGCUUAUGGUUCUAAUGCUUAUGCUUAUGGUUCUAAUACUUAUGGUACGAAUAAUCAUAGCAGUGGUAAUUACAGUAACUCAAGCUGCUGUGCAAAGGAAGAGGUGGAUGAAUUUAACUUAUAUUUUUCAAGUUUUUUCAACAGCUUCUCAGAUAAAGGGGGAAAAAAAAAUGAUGCAGAUACAUUAUUCUGCUAUCUAGACAAGAAUAACAAAUUUAUUGAUGAAGAUGAUAAAAGAUAUGAACAGCAAGAAUUUUAUUACCUUGAUGAUUUUCGUCCAGAGAAAAAAAUUUAUGAAAACAAUAAAAGGGAAUACAAUGAUUUAAGAAAUGUACUGCACAUCCCUAAAGAGAUACACGAUAUCGUAAAUGAGGAUAAUAUUACUACUGAUAUAUAUGAUAGUAACAAAAAUAGUAACAACUUAGAAGAAGGAUAUAACAACAUUAAUGUACAUUACUUAGGUUUCAACUUGUCUCAUUUAAUAAAAUCAAAUGAAGAUAUAUUAGCAAAGAAUGAAAAUAUAUCGUCUAAUAAUACAUACUCUAGUGAAAAUGAAAUAGAAGGCAAAAAAGGCGAAAAAAAUGUGUUAGGCGAUUAUGAUGAUAAAGAGUACCAAUCAAGAUAUAUCAAUAAUAGUGCCAUGUGCUACGUGCAAAUCGCAGAUUCACAUAUACCCACGAACCGCUCAGAUAUGGGCGAAUCGAAUAAUAGCAAUAAUAAUGGCAAUAAUAAUAAUAACAGUAAAAGCAAAAAUAAUAGCAGCAAUAGCAACAGUAAUAACAAUCGUAAUUAUAGUAUUGAUAAUAAUUAUAAUGAUAAUAAUUAUAAUGAUAAUAUUUAUAAUGAUGAUAGUUGUAAUGAUGAUAAUUGUAAUGAUAGUUGUAAUGAUGGUAGUUGUAAUGAUGAUAGUUGUAAUGAUGAUAGUUAUAAUAAUAAUAAUAAUUGUAAUUAUAGUAAUGAUAAGGAUAAUAAUGUUAAUAAUAAUAAUGAUAAAAAAAAUAAUAAUAAUAAUGAUAAAAAAAAUAAUAAUAAUAAUGAUAAAAAAAAUAAUAAUAAUAAUGAUAAAAAAAAUAAUAAUAAUAAUGAUAAAAAUAAUAAUAAUAAUAAUGAUAAAAAUAAUAAUAAUAAUAAUAAUGAUAAUAAUGAUAAAAAGCUAAAUAUUAAUAACAAAAUAAGCGAUGAAAUGCUAAAAAAGUUAAUAAGCCUAUAUACCAAAAACAAAUCAUCAAUUUUCACUUCUCAUAUGCUUAGUUAUCUAAAUAAUGUAUUAUGUGAAAUAAAUAACGACUUAGAAAUAUUCAACAAAUUCAAUGUGAAGACUUCAAUCAAAAAUACGAAUGACAAUAAAAAUGCAAAACAGUAA